GAAUAAUAACCCUCGGUGGCCGGUGCUCGGGCGGGGCCCCUCUUACAUACCCUCCCAAAAAAGAGAGGGGCCAGGGGGUAAUAAAGGUGAGAGAAAUUAGGCUUCUUUCAUGUGCAUGGACUGGUCCCCAUUUGGCCAUUUCAGAUCAUGGCGCUUGGCAGCGUAUGCUCCACGAAAUCCAUCUUACUUAUCCUUCCUAGUUCCUAGUACCCUUCCAACUUUGCGCACUUCAUUCCUCUUACUAUAAAGCUGCCAUUUCGGAAUCCUGAUUUUUUUGUGUGUAUGUGUGUGACCCUCAAGUUGUCAAGAGGAAGUCAGAGAGAGGAAAAAGGAAUUUUUUACAAACACACAGAGAAUGUGGCCGUUUCACAGAAAAGGGCCAUCAGGGUUUUCGUCUUCCUCCACAGCAGAGGAAGUUACUCAAGGGAUUGAUGGGACGGGUCUCACUGCCAUUGUUACAGGAGCAUCUAGUGGUAUUGGCACUGAAACUACACGAGUUCUUGCAUUGCGUGGUGCCCACGUAGUUAUGGGGGUCAGGAAUAUGGCUGCUGGUGAAGAUGUCAAAAAAGCAAUAGUUAAGGAAAUCCCCAGUGCUAAAGUUGAUGCCAUGGAGUUAGAUCUUAGCUCAAUGGCAUCCGUAAGGAAAUUCGCAUCAGAUUUCAAUUCCUCCGGUCUUCCACUGAACAUCCUAAUCAACAAUGCAGGAGUUAUGGCAACACCAUUCAUGCUCUCCAAAGAUAACAUAGAACUACAGUUCGCAACAAAUCACUUAGGUCAUUUUCUUUUGACAAAUCUUUUGUUGGACACUAUGAAAAGAACAGCACGUAAAAGCAGCAAGGAAGGAAGAAUUGUUAAUGUUUCGUCUGGGGCUCACCGGUUCUCCUACCGUGAAGGAAUCCGUUUUGAUCAAAUAAAUGAUAAAUCUGGGUAUAGCAGUUGGGCUGCAUAUGGCCAAUCAAAGCUUGCCAAUGUUUUGCAUGCCAAUGAGCUUGCAAGAUGUUUGAAGGAAGAUGGGGUGGAUAUAACGGCAAAUUCACUUCACCCGGGAGCAAUCAGUACCAAUCUUUUUCGUCAUAACAACAUUGUGAACAGUCUUGUUCAUAGCCUUGGUAGAUUUGUGCUUAAAAAUGUUCAGCAGGGAGCUGCUACAACAUGCUAUGUGGCACUGCAUCCUCAAGUCAAGGGGGUGAGUGGCGAAUUCUUUUCGGACAGUAACUUAUCCAAGGCAAACUCACAUGGUAGGAACAUGGAGUUGGCAAAGAAACUCUGGGAUUUCAGCAUGAAUUUGAUUAGAUGAUGUACUAAUAGCUGAUCGCAAGUUACCAUACUUCCCAAUAAACAUAUAUUGUUAAGUUACAUAAUGAAAGCACACUUCUCACGUUUUCGUAUCUGAGAGAAUUCUACCAAAUAUAUUAUUGUAUUCUCCUUGAUUCCAGAAGUGAUUCCGCUCUGUUAAUUAGGUUGAUAGAAGAAAGAAUUAUGAGUCACUUUUUUAUGAUUAUGCAGUUUCAUAAUAAAGUACUUUUCUCGAACAUAGUAAUGGUUAAUGGGCAUUGUACUGUAUUUGUGGGCCUGA